AACUGUGAAAUUAGCGGGGUAAGAGCCGAGAGAAAGCAAAACAUACGAUGGCAGAGAGACAAGCAGCGGUGGAUCAGCAGCAGCGACAAAUAGAGCCACCGCAGCAGCUACAAUCACCGUCGCAACAGCAUCCGGCGAGAGAAGACAUGAUUGAAUGCGUUAUGUCUUUAGAGGCGGCUUUGCUUCCAUGCUUGCCUGCUAGAGAGCUUCAAGCCAUUGACCGCUCUCCUCAUCCUUCUCAUCAAAUUGAUGUGGAGAGACAUGCUAGGGAUUUCAUGGAGGCUGCCAAGAAAAUUCAACUCUAUUUCAUCGGUCUCCAACGAGAAGAUCAACCCACUGUAGCAGAAACACUGAGAAAGGAGAUUGCUAUGAUGGAAGAAGAAUUGAAGACGAAGGAUGAGCUUAUUAACAAGCAAAAAAAAUUGAUGGAGGGAUGGAGAAAGGAGUUGAAAGACCAAUUGGAAAAACACAAAACUGAACUGGAGAGGGUGUAAUGUGGCACCAAUUGGCCUAUUACGAUUGCAGAUCAUUGCCCGUAAUAUGUUUACUGAUUAGAAGAUGCUUUUUUAUGGCAUUAGUUUUUGCAUGCUGCUUGUGUAUUCAAAUGUAAUGAUGUUGAGAUUGGUGAAAAUCAUUGGAGUAUUGGUUCAUCUGCCAGCAGUAUAAAUGAUAUGACAGAAUGAUUCCAUUUUACA